CUGUCAUGGAACUUUAUCCAGACGCCAAACUCGCUAUUGGUCCCUCCGAUUGAAAACGGAUUUUAUUACGAUUUCGAUCUCGGAACUGAUAGCGACGGCAAGCCGCUUGCAUUUUCGCCGGAAGCCCUAGAGAAAAUUGAGAAACGUAUGCGGCAAAUCGUUGCUGGCAAGCAUGAGUUUAACUAUCGAGAAAUCGGUCCUGAUGAAGCACGCGAGUUAUUCAAAGAUCAGUCCUAUAAACUGGAGUUGAUAGAUGGACUCAUUGAGGGCAAUGUCGAUGAAUAUGGGGCUGUGAUCGAUGAAACACCGGUCUUGAGUACUUAUCGACAGGAUACCUUUGAAGACCUCUGUCGCGGUCCCCAUGUCGGAGACACAGGCGAGAUACGCCCCGAUGCCUUCAAACUCUUGACUGUCGCCGGUGCAUAUUGGCGAGGCGAUGAAAAUAACGCCAUGCUUCAGCGUAUCUACGGCACAGCGUGGCACACCAGGGACGAGCUCAAGCAGCACCUGCAAAUGCUUGAGGAGGCGAAAAAGCGAGAUCAUCGAAAACUGGGCAGGGAUCUAGAAAUCUUUAUCUUUGAUGAAGACGUUGGUCCUGGGCUUCCCCUGUGGCUGCCAAACGGUGGUAUCAUUAUCGAGGAGCUAGAAGGGCUUGCCAAAGAGAUGGAAGGAAAACGAGGAUAUGAUCGGGUCAGGACACCUCACCUCGCCAAAGACGCACUGUUUGAGCGUACUGGUCACCUCUUGCAUUAUGCUGAGAGCAUGUACCCGCCUAUGGAGAUGGAGGGUGUGCGGUACUACAUGAAACCGAUGAACUGCCCAUUUCAUCACAAGAUUUUUGACAGCAAAUCGCGAAGCUAUCGUGAUCUACCCCUUCGCUUGGGCGAAUACGGCACAUGCUAUCGCUUUGAAAAGAGUGGUGAACUCUUCGGUCUCAUGCGGGUGCGUUCUAUGCAGAUGAACGACGCACACAUCUACUGCUCAGAGGAACAGUUUGAAGAGGAGUUCAUGGGGGUCGUUGACCUAUACCUAGAAUAUUUCCGAAUCUUCGGCGUCGAGAAAUAUGUGAUGCGCCUGAGUACGCACCACAAGACUGGACUUGGCAAAAAGUAUAUCGAUAACGAACCGAUGUGGCUCAAAACCGAAGAGAUGGUCCGUAACGCCAUGAAGAAUGGUAACGUGCCUUUUGUAGAAGUUCCAGAUGAAGCUGCGUUCUACGGUCCCAAAAUUGACGUGCAGAUUUGGAGUGCCAUCGGUAGGGAGUUUAGUCUCGCCACGAAUCAAGUCGAUUUUGCCGUACCAGCGAGAUGCGAUUUGAGCUUUAUCAAUAGAGCAGGCAAAUCUGAAAUCCCGAUAUGCCUCCAUCGCGCUCCCUUGGGUACGCACGAGCGGAUGAUCGGUUUCCUGCUUGAGCAUUAUGCCGGGAAGUUUCCUGUUUGGCUCUCACCGGAACAUGCGCGUGUGAUUCCAAUCAACGACAGUCAUAACGACUAUGCUCAGAAGAUUGCUGAACGGUUGAGAGAAGCCAAAAUUCGUGCACAAGCGGAUCUUGGGCCAGACCGCAUGAAUGCAAAGAUUCGUCAAGCCCAGUUGAUGCAGGUGCCUUAUAUGCUUGUUGUUGGGGACAGAGAAGUUGAAAACAGCACUAUUUCUCUCCGGAAAAGAGAUGGGUCGCGUCAGAACGGCUUACCUGUCGAAGAAUUUGUAGCCGCUGUCCAAGAUCGCAUAGCAACCCGCUCGAACGAGCUAUAG